AUGGACAUGAUUCUUAUGGAUGAUAAGGGUUGUAAGAUUCAUGCGACCGUUAGGAAGACUCUGAUAUACCGAUUCCAAUCUUUGAUAAGUGAGGGUCGUGUAUAUCAGAUUUCGUUCUUUGGCGUUGGUGAAAGCGGACGUGAUUUCCGACCAACCGAGCAUCCAUUCAAGAUCAACUUUGAUAUUCAUACAUCUGUGCGCUUGGUUCCCAACAAGGCCAUCGAUUUAAGCCCGUACAAUUUUGUGCCGAUAUCUAAUAUAAUGUUCAAGGAUCUUGAUACGUCUUUUCUUAUAGAUGUCGUUGGAAUUCUCACUGGUGCAAGUGCUGAACAAGAAUUCGAAAAAGAUGGCGGGAAGCAGAAAAGAAUUACUAUUGAACUUGAACAAGACGGGGCUCGGGUUGAAUGCGCCUUUUUUGGAAAGUAUGUUGAUGAGGUCGUUGGUUACCUUGGAUCUGCUGAUGCAAUCAAUGCCGUUGUUGUUGUGAGUUGUGUCAAAGUAAAGCCCUUUAAAGGUAAGACAAGUCUCCAAAAUGUUUAUGGAGCUACAAAGGUUCUUUUCAAUCCUCUCAUAGAAGAAGCUACUCCCCUCCGAUCUCGGUUUUUGGAAUCACAUGAUAAUACGGUGCAUGUCAUUAGUCCUCUGCAAGAUUCUGCAAAGAAAUCUACCCAUGAAGAUGAUUUUCUAAAGCAGAAUGAUGGGAAAACCAUCGAGCAACUAAAAGAUCUUGCAUAG